GAACAAGACUUACUCGAAAGAAUCUUCCACUGCCAAGCCAUGAAGUAUCCACUUCUGUUGUUAGGAAGCCUUAGUUUGGCCCACGGACUGGCCUUGUACUAUCCUUAUGCGUACACUGCCGAGGGAUCAGCCGUGUUCACGCCCACCCAGAGCCAGUAUAUCGCCAAGGAUGAGUUAGGUCAGUACUCCUAUGGCUAUUCGGAGCCCUUGUCCAGCAAACAGGAGACCCGCACCCUUGACGGGAUCACCCAAGGAUACUAUAGUUACCGGGAUGCGGCGGGAAAGCUGCAGAGGGUUAACUAUGUGGCCGAUAACGAAGGUUUCCAUGUGGCAGCCACUAAUCUGCCAAAGGCCAAAGUUUCCCAGGAGUCGCUGGAAUUUACUCCCAGGAGCGCGUCCCAUCCGGUAGAGCACCAUAUCGAGCAUCCUGUAGUUCAGCAUCCUGUUGGCCAGCAUCCCGUUGAUGUUUCACAUCAUCACACUGUAGUUGAGAGCGGCCGAAGUGCUCAUCCAGAGGGACACCAUCCCGUCGAGCACCACGAGAACUCCGUUCCUGUUGUGCAGAGUUCUGUUGUCCACCAUCCCGUUGAGGUUCCACAUCAUCACACUGUUGUUGAAAGCGGCCGAAGUGCUCUUCCAGAGGGGCUUCAUCCGAUCGAGCACCAUGACCACUCGAUUUCUGGCUCAGAGCCAUCCGGAUCCCAUGGUGGCCACUCCCAAUUGCCUCAUCCCGUUUCUGAUACCGCGGAAGUGGCUGCGGCCAAGUCCCUUCAUAUUCAACGUGUCCAUGAUGAGGGGGUGCGCAACCAGGUGCUGGCCAAGAUUCCAGUUGCUGUGGCUCGCAGCCACCAUGUCGUGGUUCCUGCUCCAGUCUACGGGUAUACCAUUCCCAGGUACUACACCCCCGGAUUCUACUACUGAAUGGCA